CCUAUAACGUUCCCAUCGCUUACCCUUCCACCUGUACGCCAAAGCCAUAAAACAUCACCCACCGCCUGUUCUCCGUCGCGUCAACACGCCUGUCGACCGCUCUCACCACCUCACAACUCUUCAAAACAUCGAACAUGCCUCCCAUCCUUGAGCAGCUUCGAGAGGUCGGCUUCGCCAUACAACAUACUCCCCGUCACGCCCAAUACCGCCUCUUGCGCGCCAAAAUCUGGAAAAUGCUCGAAUAUCCCGAAAUGGUGGCCAGCGAUGCGUACAAGAUCAUCACACUCUGCGACAUUGCUACCGAGUUUGGUGCGGACGCAGUGAGCAUGCGGGACACUAACGAGGUCAAUAUGUGCAAAAAAGACGGCUAUGAGCUGCUUAUUCGCUCACUACUUGAAAUGCACUGCGUCGCCGACGCUUUGGGAGUGUGCAACGAGGCCGCACAAUACUACCCGGACAGCUUCGAGUCCUACACGGAGGAGAUUUAUGGGGCCAUUCGGGCCCAAGAUCUGCCAAAUGCACCCACUGCUUCCUACAUUCCUCGCACAUAUCCGACGAUAUCGUCCGAGUACCUGACGCGGAGUGAGGCGGAUAUCGAGUCCUCCAACGCCCAAUUCAAACGCCCACCUCUUGACGGAACCUGCCGCAUUUCGCACAGCACUCUCGCCGCCGGGAAGCCAGACGUCUACGGCGUCUUCGCGACUCGUCCGAUCCCGAAACAAGGGCUCGUCCACAAGGAGUCUACCACCUUCAUCGCCGCCACGCGUUCCGUACCCGCACCACCCGUUGCCCAUCCGCCACAUGACGCCGCGUCUAUCCCCGAAGCAUUCGACUCAAACUGCUUCCAGGUCCGUGCCGAUGCGCAUGUGCCCAACGCUCUCCACACUCUUCUCUUCACGACCUUCCUCUCCAAGUGCGCCAGAGACAACUGCCCACAUCCACUCGAGCACCCGCUGAUCGCUGGCCUCACCGCCUCAUACGGACCGGCCAGCAGCAGGAAGUUCAGCCUCCAGCGCGACAUCAGAGACCCGAUACACUUCCUCGAAUACCUGGGCAUCGACACCUACGGCGACCUCCGCUACGACAUGGACGUACUGCUGACGGUGUAUGAGCGGAUCCGUAACAAUAGUUUCGGGUGCGUUGACCGCCAGGCGGUGGAGGGCGUGGGACCGCUCUUCAGCUUCUUCAAUCACAGCUGCGAGCCAAACGUGAGCUGGCAGGUUGAGAACCCCGGCGAGGUGGUGGCCGGGCAGCCUCCGACGCGGUCGAUUGUGAUGCGUGCGAAAAGCAAUAUCGAGGAAGGAGAGGAGUUGUUCAUCACCUACAUCGCGCCGGAGUCGCCAGAUGGCUUUUUGCCGGUUGAGGAACGUAGGAAGGAGCUGAUGACGUGGAUGGGAGGGCCGUGCCAGUGUACGAGGUGCGUGAGAGAGAGUGAGGCGGAGAAAGGGUUGAGCUUGAAGAUGAAAGAGCUUGCGGGGCGCCUUCUUGGUGGUGCUUAAUUAUGCUCUCGAGUUGCAGGUACGGGACUACAGCACUUACCCAAAAGUAUCUGAUACCGAGUCUGCCAAAAUGGGGUUGGUUUCAGAGUGUCGGUCUUCUCUCUGGUUGGAGUACGACAGACGGGACUAGCCUAAGUAGAGCAUGAUACCUAAUAUAUUUUUUACUCGAAAGCUUGC